UCUCGCGAGAACGCCGCGUCAAUUGCCUAGGCCGGGAAGCUGCCGCAACACGCACUUGCAAAAUACCUGUAGCCUUCAAUUCUCAGUCGACCCGACUAAGCCUUGUCGCCUGCCUAGAAUCCGACUUUACCUGCACAACGAGAGGUUCUGUACAUACUGAAGCAAUGUCGACGCGAAGAGCUGCCUUGUCGCUUUAUCGCCGCUCAUUGAAGCUGGCCCUUGACUGGGCAGUCCAUCGUCACAUUUGGAGAGGACAGGCUUUGUAUAUCCGCUCGUUGUUCGAAGCCAAUCGAGAGGUUACGGAUCCAAGACACCAGCGCGCGCUACUCUCGGAAACAGAAAAGCUGCUGGAUAGCUGGAAACACCCCGACCCCUACAUUGCACCAACAGCCCCCGGUGGUUCCAAGUACGAACGCAACCUCCCCUCCCCAGUACUCGAUCGUAUGUGUUCAUCUACAUGAAUUGGCACUUUCCCCGGUCUCGAAACUAAAACUGCACAGCACCUACCGAACAAGGUUCCAAGAACCACCACUAAACUCUGUAAGCUACUGGCGAGGACACAGGCAUAUAGGGAGUGGUCGCAUACCGCUCGA